AUGAAUGUAAAUCAAACACCACUUUCGUUUCGAAGUGCCGCAAUUGCAACGGAGCUCACCAUUACAAUCACUGCCCGGAUGAAUCUGUUCGUCUUAACAACGUUGUCUGCAGGAGAUGCCAUGAAGUUGGUCAUAAGGCAGUCAAGUGCGAAGCUCCCUGGUGUCCUAAGUGCUGCGUUAUUGGACAUGACAAGGAAGACUGUCCCCAAAAGUUAUGUGUCAAGUGCAAGAAAACUGAUCAUUGGUUCGGUGAGAAAUGUUCUCGCUAUGUGGUCAAAUAUUGUGCCUCGUGUGGUGGUAACGAUCAUAUGGAGAGAAAUUGUCGUCAAGGCAAGACCAAAACCACUUUGCCAAAGCAGACAGGUCAAUAAUACUAUCAGAAUUAGCAUUGAACUUGAUGCAGUCUACCAUGACGCAGAUCUCUAA